AUGUUUGCUAGUGUUACGCGGUGCCGACUGGUCACUUCUCUCAAUCGUACCGUUGCUUCGCAAAGCCUUACUGCGGGUUGGAUCCUGUCGAGUGUCUUGCAAGACGUGCCAGAGGUGCGCGCCAAGUAG